ACAUUCCACUCUCUAGACAAUUAUUCUAAGCGGCAGUUUCAUCCUCAAGCUCCACCGAAGCUUACAAUCCAUUCAUUUUCAAAUUCUUACGUUUGAGGUAGCCUAUCAUAAACAGACGCUAUUCGAACCUUUGAGCUCGCACAACAGUGACAUAUAUAACUCCAAGCGAGUCCUUCAUUAACCACACCAUUCCUUUAUCCAGCACAAGCAUGACGCCGCCCAACUUCCGUUACAUCAUUCUGGCCACCGUUUUUGCAAUGUUCCUCAAUCUCACUAACCAAGUGGCUGGUGCAACUCUCGAGCGUCGAUUGGCGAAAGGGGAAUUACAGCCUCUGUGUGAUCCAGAUAGCACCCUAGUCACGCCUAACGAUUGCGAUGUUGCUGUCUUGACCUUGCCUUUUACGAACAAGAGGAGUAUCUUGUCCACCCAAACGACUGUUGUUUCCGUCUUCAGAUCAUGCAAAGUUUAUGUUUUUUGCGACCAAAAAGCCCAAACGACUAGUAUGGCACUUAUGAGUAAUAACCUGCAAAAUGGAGGCUACACCCGACUCCUUAACGAGUGUGGGCAUCAAAAAAAGUCUGGCGUGAUCUUUUUUGAUACAAAGUGCUCCAUUCGCACGACCAGCGCUUGAUCUCGGCUUGAAAAAAGAAUCGUGCCUUUCAAUGUUCAUCCUGACACUCUUUCAGAACCAACAGACGCUGCAUACUCCUUGAUCACCAGUAACCCUUUUGUUGAUUGACGAUCUGUAAAUAAUUUUUUUCGGCUGCCGUUUGCGAGCAUUGUGGUGUGAGGAAACUUGCUCCUCAACGCUUUCAAAAACAAGGCCUUCGCAUGAUUUAAAAACCAAGGCACACGGACAGCCCAAGAGACCGGAUAGUCCAUCUGUUACGCUUAGUCUUAUUGCGUUGUAGGGGAGUCGAACCCCUGACGAGGCCACAUGCCGAUGGCAAGGCCCCAGUUUACCGCUAGCCUAACAACGCUAUGUGGAAUGACGUCAUCAAGCGC